GGCGUGCACCACUGAUCGAGAAGCAAUGGUGCGCGGCGUCCAUGCCCCUUCGAAGUAGCCCCCAUGCCGAUUCACGUCGAAUCCCUGGGCCAUCGCCCAACCAUGCGCCGCAAAUCCUCUGCCCAGAAUCUCCUCUCUUCCUUCAAGUCCGCCAACUCCUCACCCCAAGUUCCUCCCUCCGCCGGGCCAGGUCUCUCCUUCUCCCAGCUCCCACCUGGCGCCGCCGCUCCCAUGGUCUCCGCGGGCCUUCCGCGCGAAUGGGACGUUCAGUCGCUCUCGCAACAGUCCGAGUCUCUCACGUCGUCCAAUGGCGCCGUCGGCCAGGGCACCUCGGUCGAGAUGCUGCGUGAGCUCGUCAAGAAGCGCAUCAUCACACUCACGUAUCUGCGUAACGUCUACGAGGGGCGGAGCCAUUGGUUCCAUACCAUCGCAAUCACCAGAAGUGAGCUCGAGCGGGUGUUUCCCAAUACUGCCAUGAAGAACCGGACAUUCCGGUUCGCGAUGCUCGGCAUGGCGCUCGCGCAUCUUUUCGACGUGAAGGAUCCGCAUGAUCUACUCCGCGGCUUCUCUAACGUCCUCAAUGAGUAUGACACCAUCAAAGACGUAUCGAAGGACAAGGAGGACACAGAUCGACCACGAAUGCGUUUAUUCAGGACAAAACCGCAGAGAAGGCAGGCUGGUGGCACCGACUUUGCCCUCUCAUAUGCAGACGGGUCAGAUGCGCCAUACCUCACCAUGCCACACGUCCCCUUCCCACUCGACUAUCAACAAACACUCCUCUCGCUCCUUGACGUUCUCUCCGAAGUGUACAACAAGAUAUCCAAGAUUCUCGGGCCGUCGCCAUUUCCUAGCUCAGGCCACCACAUGAUGGGCCCGCUCGGGCUUCUGUCACCACAUCCGGGCGUGUCAUACCUCUUCGCUGGCACGGAGACGGCACCGCAACACGAAGGGGAGAACAGUCUCUGGGGCAUCGCGCAUGCAUCAGGGCCCGGGACGCCUGCUGUGCUUGGCGGAGGCGGGGCAACAGCAAUGUAUGGUGGCGCGCUGGGUAGUCCGCCACCGAGCUGGAGCUCGGGCCUGGGCGAUGCGGUGAAGCAGAUAGACAACAAACUAAGGAAAUUGAUAGCGACCCUUCUGAAAGAGCUGGAUGACUUCGCGAGGGCGGGUAUCAAGGACGAGCUAGCUUCGCUAGACCCGUUGUUGCGUAAUGUUGCGGUGCCUGAAGAGCCGUACGAGGGGGAGUAGAUGGAAAGAUUGAAAGAUGCGGGGUCCGAUGGAUCGAUGGAUAAUCAUGAUACGUUCAGCGCCACUGACGAUCUUCACGACAUUACGACAGAUAUCUUUAUGUAUGUAUCUAAUGGUUACCGUCUGUACCAUAGUAAUUCUGACGCAUGUAGCUAGCGUGUUCGAUGCACAGGGAUGCCACCCGUUGUCGGAGGCACUCACGAGGGUCGGUCUGGUGAGGGAAUAUAGGAUUUAAAUCUCACACCGAUCGAUCUUGGAUGUCGAUGAAUCUUGAGAUACAGGCUCAAGUGAGGAAAAAACAGGACAAAUGAUGGUCAAGGAGGUCGGUGAGAUCAAUGCGGGGCUCCGAGCGUUCCAUCCAGUACGAGGUAGUCACAUCAGACGCCAUUGAGGAGGAGUUCGUCCUUGCAGCUCAGCUCACAAGCGCGCCAGAAGUUCGAGCAUGGGAAAUGAGCGACAUAGAUUGAUCACUGAUCAGUGCAUAAAA